CACUGUCGUAGCUGUUGCUGUUGCUGCUACUUCUUCAGUACGUUUUGGUUACUCGCACGACGAACAACGCGGCGCGCUUGCGUCUCAACAGUUGCUGGCAACUUGGAAAGUGUUUUAAAUCUCGUGGCCGAUCGUCGCGCAGACGUCACUCGUCCACAUGUGAAUGUCUUGAAUCAAUUAGAAGGAGAACAAAAAGUGAGCAAAAGUGUGAGCCGCAGUUUUAAAGUGAAGCGAUAACAACAAACAUUGAAGUGAAUCGCAAAUUGCAAAGCUAACAAAAUGCAUCGAUAUUGUUGGUACUGGAGGUCGGCGGCGUCGCUGCUCGUGAUGGCGCUCCUGAUGGCGGUCGUAAGGUCAGAGGAAUGCGGCCAGGAGGAGUUCACCAAAUGCACCGAACCACUUGAGAUGCUGCAGUUAACAACGGAAUUUUCGAUUGGUGCUGCCAAAAAGGAGGAACUGGAUAAACUUUGUCAUGAGUUGCGGAAGGGUGUGCGUUGCAUUCAAAGCUAUACACGUCGCUGCAUGGAUCUGCAGCAAAGGAAUCAGUUCAAUAAGCUCUACCAUGGCACCAAUCAGUUCAUCAGGGAUCUCUGCAACAAGGGCGAAUUCCAGGAAGAGUAUCUGAAGCACGCGCAUUGCUCUGAAAUAGCUAAGAAGGACUUCGAAGUAUGCGCCACUCGCUACAAGGAGACGAUGUUCUUCCUCAAGCCAAAUAAAAAUCAGGAGAGCCAGGAAAACAGCACAAUGAAUGAGAAUAUCAAAACAAUUUGCUGUUCCAUCAAUGAGCUGGUGGAUUGCUCAGAAAACGCUGCGCGUAAAAUUUGUGGCAAUGAAGCAGCCAAGUUCACAAGGGAAUUGGUCGAUAAAUACGCCGACAGUUUGACCAAGAUCUAUUGCGAGGACUUCACACGGCAUCCCGGAAUUUGUCGAGAUGGCGAAGGCAACGGAGUCGAAGGGCUGAGACAGAAUAGUUUGGGAAUACUUAUAACAGCCUUACUGUUACUGCUAGUCAGAUAGAUGGAAUAGUGUUUUGUCAACCAGAAGAAACACUUUCAACAAAGAUCAGUUAAGUUUACUUUUGAAAAACGUUUAUUGCAGUUUAUGCAAAAAGCCAACAAAAUACACAAGAAACACAAACAUUAGUGAAAUACAACAAUAGUUAAGGUUUCUAAAGAACACACACAGAGAGAAAGUGAGUGAAACGUUUCUCGUGGUUCCCUUUCUCCAGAAGAAAACUUCUUAAUUAUAAUUAUGUCAAUUUUUCAGGCAUAUAAUGUGUUGCUUAAUUACUGAGGGCUUAGUUUAGGUUAAAGAAUGUGAAGUUAAGUGAGUGUAGCCUAUUUAUAAAGUAUACUUAGUUGAUAAGCGCGUUAAAUAUCACAUUGCAUAUAGUCAUACACAUACAUCGUAUAUAAAUAUAUAUAAUAUAUAGUAUAGAUUACUACUAUAUACUUAACAGCAGGUUAAGCAGAGAGUCGAAAAUCGAAAGUCUUCGUAGGUUUAGUUAGUGUUUAUUGGGAGUGUGUUGAAUGUUUAUUGUGUAGCAUAGCAAAUGUUGUUAGUUUGUUUGUGGCACUUGCAACCAAAAACAAUGAGUGCAAUACUAUAUAUUUGUUUAUUGAGCUUUCUUGAGUAGUUCUUAGUGCUUAAAUAUAUAUUCUAUACUUUAAUUAUUACUUGCAAAUGCAAUUGCUUUAAUUUCAAUUUGUUUAGAACACAUUUAGUGGAAACAAGCAUUUUAUUUUAGCCAAUACUUAAGCUAAUGGAUUACACAAAGCACUCACAGAAUAAAAUUAGAAAAUUGAAAUUGAAAGAAUAUUUAAGCAACACACACAUACACACACAAAAUAUCUGCAAUGAAGGAAUAAAUAUCUACAAAAAAAAAGGGAAUACUUAAUUUAGCAACUACACGCAAUUAUAAAUAAAUAUAUAUUCAGACUUUGAAAGAAACGUUGAGUAACGCACUUAUUUAAAGUCACCAAAAUGUAAAUAUGAUAAAAUGUAUUAAGGUUUAUAUAAAUAUACAUACGUAUAUAUAGGUAACAACAAUAUGAAGGCAUUAUUACAAAUAUUACAAAUACGAAUAAAAAGAUUAGUUCAACUUUAUAGUAAAAACUGUGAAUAUAUUAUCAUUAAAGAGCAACAUAUAAUUUAAGAAAAAAUUGUACACACACACACACACAGACAAGUGCACAGCAAAAGAGAGAACACACACACACACACACACACAAACACACACUUGAAAAGUAAAAACAAAAACAAAAACAAUAAAAUGAAAACGAAAAUGAAAAUAAA